AUGGAGACGGCGAUAACUUUGGAUAAUGCGGUUCAAGCCAACUUCUCUCCGCUGAUGUGGACCAUGGAUGUAUUAGGUAAUAUAAGCGAAGUAUUUGAAGUACCGUUUUACAACAGACAGACCAGGAUCAUUUCCAUGACUGUCAUUUUCACCCUGGCUUUCAUAGGGAACGUAGCAGUACUGCAUAAAAUCUAUUGCAGCAAAAGCAAGAGGCGGAAAAUUGAUUUCCUCGUCACUAACCUGGCGGCUGCGGACCUCUGUGUCUCCAUCAUGACUUUACUCCCUCAGAUCAUUUGGGAGAUAUUGGAAGAUGAGUGGCUGGCUGGUGAUCUUGCCUGCAGAUUUUUCAAAGUUUUCCAGGCCUUUGGACUGAUUGCUUCUUCCAACAUUAUAGCGAUUAUCGCGUCGGAAAGGUUCCAUGUCAUAGUCAAUCCAAAGCAGUCUCCUUUCCCCACCGAGAUCUUAACGACUGUAUCUUGGAUCUGUGCUCUGCUGCUCGCCGCUCCCCAGGCUUUCGCCUUCAAACUGACAAUACAGGGAGAAAGCGGGAAAUGCCUGAAUACCUUUGGCCAGAUGCCCAAAUGGCACUUCCAGAUGUAUAUCACAUUUGGAGCUAUUGCCGUCUUUUUUGCUCCCUUUUGCGCUUUGUGCGUGGCGUUCACAAGAAUCCUCUGGACCGUUUGGUGGAGAGCAUCAGUCAUCGAACCAAGUAGAAACGAAGACCGAAAGCAGCACGAUCCAUCCAUUCGAACCAUCGCUCCUAGUAGUUCUAUUCGAAGAGCCAAGAUAAAGACGCUGAAGAUGACCCUAGUCAUUAUUAUAUUCUUUAUAGUUUGUGGGUUACCUUAUUUUAUUUUUGAGAUGAAAGUUGCCUUUGGGACCAUAUCAGAGGCAGACACCGAGAUGAUCGCAGUCCUGGGAAUCUUGGUGGUUUCUAACAGUGCCAUCAACCCAUAUGUCUAUCUGUUCUUCAAGACCAACAACGUCCACUUGAGGCGACUGGAAAAGAGAGUGUGUUUCUCGUGCCUGAAAGGCUGCAGAGAGAACACAUUCCAGAGGGAAUUAUGCGCCAUUGGGAAACGGGUGGGGCACACCAGCAUUGCCGUCUCCGAGGAUGACACCGUCCAUCAUUUAACUUCUGUUGUCAACCCCUCGUCUCCCAGCUGUGGGCCCGCCUCCUGUCACACUUCUCUGUGA